GCCACCGCUGCUUCUUACAGUUGCGAUCCUGCCACUUGUCAGCUUCCAAACUGUCUCUGUGCCUCAAAGACUCCACCAAAUGGAUUCUCUCCAGCCGACACACCCCAGUUUGUUACAUUGACAUUUGAUGAUUCUAUUCAAACCUCACUUUACCAAACAGCUCGCAAGAUGCUUGAUAUUUUAUUGCAUAGAAAUCCAAACGGAUGCCCUGCACUGGGUACAUGGUUUGUAUCGAUGCAAUAUACCGACUUUUCACUUGUUCAACAGUGGUAUUCAGCAGGAAAUGAAGUUGCAGAUCACACCUUUUCUCACGUCGGUACUCCAUCUGCUCAGGAAAUUGCUAGUUGUCGAACUGCUCUUAACACAUAUGGUGGUAUUCCAAACGGAAAGAUCCAGGGAUUCCGUGCACCGUUCUUAAACUACACCAAAGACACGCUAGCCGAGCUCAAGAAACAGAACUUUUUGUAUGAUUCUAGUGCAAGCGCAGUCUCGGAUGAUGCAUACUGGCCAUACACUCUAGACCAUGGUAUGGCCAAUGAUUGUUGGACUGGCAUCUGUGGCGCUGGCCAGAUCCAAUUGCCUGGCUUGUGGGAAGUACCGAUGUAUGCUGUUCUGGACAACGGUAGUAUUCCACAAUUGAUGGAUGUCUACAUUGCCGGAACACCGGAAGAUGUUAGCCAAUGGAGUACAUCCUCCUUUGAUCGACAUUACAAUGGUGGCCGUCAACCCUUUGGAAUCUAUGUUCACCCAACUCAUUUGACAGCAUACCCUGGUCUGCCUGAUCCAGCUCCAAAGCUAGAGGGCCUUAUUUCAUUUGUCAAGUCUAUUGCCAAGAGGCCAGAUGUUUGGAUUGUGACUAACCAGCAGUUGCUGCAGUGGAUGAAGAAUCCAGUCAAGGCAUCUGAGUUAGGAAAGCAGGAUUACAUGAAGUGCCAACAGCCUGUCAUUGUAAAAGAGAUCUGCAAUGGUCUAGAUGAUGACAACAACCAUGUAAUCGAUGACAACCUGUUGAACAAUUGUAAUUUCGGAACAACAACUUUCAAGACUUGUUUCAAUUGUCCAAGCACUGCGCCUACGCUUGAAUCUCCUGCACCAGUAUCGUCUUCUCAGAAUGGUACCGAAGGAUUCCGUUAUCCACUUCCCCUGGACUGCGAUACCAAGUGGUGGGAUCCUAUCAGUAAUCUCUGCUUGUGUACUUCAACCGAAUGCCAAUACAAGGACACAGCAGUACCUGUUAACAAGAACACGACAACCAGCAGUAUUAGUGCUAAUGGAAAAGAUCAAGAAAAGAGUGAUGCCUCUAGAUCA